UUAAAAGACAUCUACUUUUGGAAAAUAUCUCUCUUUGUUAGAGUUGUAAGAGAGUGAUAGAGAGAUGUGUAGCUUGAUGGCAAGCUUGUUGCUCCCAGCAAACUUGAAACCAGAUUUUUCAGACAAAGAGAGAAGUAGCUCAAUCCCUUCAACUACUAGAAGUUCCAAGAGGAAGAAGCAAUCUAUGUUUCCUGUUGCAAGACUAUUCGGACAGGCGAUUUUCGAAGCUUCUAAACUGAAUGUCAAGUUCUUAGGAGUUGAUGAGAAGAAGCAUCCACCGAAUCUUCCAAGAACUUACACUUUCACUCAUAGUGACAUCACCGCUAAGUUAACUUUAGCUAUUUCUCACUCGAUCAAUAACUCUCAGCUACAAGGAUGGGCAAACAGGUUGUACCGAGACGAAGUAGUUGCCGAAUGGAGGAAGGUGAAAAGUAACAUGUCGCUUCACGUUCAUUGUCACAUUAGCGGUGAUCAUUUUCUUUUGGAUCUCAUUGCGGAACUUCGUUACUUCAUAUUUUGCAAGGAGUUACCCAUGGUGUUAAAAGCUUUUGUUCAUGGAGAUGAGAACAUGUUAAACAAUUAUCCUGAGCUACAUGAAGCUUUUGUUUGGGUGUAUUUCCAUUCCAACAUCCCCAAGUUCAACAAGGUCGAAUGUUGGGGUCGGCUAUGCGAGGCCACCUCGCACGAUGGUUGUAAGACUCCCACGUGUGAAAUCUUACCGGAACCGCCUUGCUUUGAUAAGUGCAGCUGUUGUUUUCCGACGGUCAGCACGAUCCCCUGGUCUCAUUCUCAUGGCUGCAGCCAUGGUGAAGAGGAUAAUAAUGUAGCUAUAGCCGGAGGGAAUCUAUUGACCAAGUACAUGUAUAAGCGAAGUAAAAGAAAAUAGUAGCACAUAUCUUUCGAUGUAUAAUCAAAAUCAUCAAAUGGUCGUUGAGAUAAUGUCACAUUAUCAAGUGCAAUGAUGUGGUAAAGCCGUAAAGGACAUAGUGAAUGAUCAACAAAACAAC